CACAACGAAACACUAGGAGCGCCACCUCAAAUGAGUGUAUUUACAGUUAUUUUCAGAAUCAUGUGAUUCUAGGUUUCUCGAAAUUCAGCACGCGUUUCACAAAUUGCCUUCGAAACUUGGAAAGAAAUAAUGUCGGAUCAAGAGGAGGAGUAUACAAAGUAUCUGAAUGAGCAUGGCAUAAUACCACGCCUGGUCGAUAUACUUAAGGAAUUGGUGGAGCUCGUGCCGCUGCCCGCAGAUCCACUGAUGGUCAUUAUGCAUGUGCUCGGCUGCCCCCUGAUACCCCAGGACGAGAUGAAGGCGCUGGAACGGAAGGUGACCCGUGCCCACGACGAGCUACGCUUUCUGCGCCGCGUCCUUGUCGAGCUGGGCGGCUUGGAGUAUUUGUACGACAGCGAUACGGAUGAGAGUGAUUAUUUGGGUCUAAUUGGGGAACAAUAUUGCGGCAACUACGAGGAGACUUCUUCUUCCACGCCCAUGGCCACACCCACCUCAUUCCCAUCGCCAUCUCCAUUUGUCCAGCAGCAACAGUACGUUGUGCUGGCAUCGCUGGCCAUCAAUGAGGAGCCUCUGUCGCCGCUGGAGGAGACGCUGUCGCCGCAGGAAGAGCAGCCGUGCUGCAGCCACUUUGCUCCUCCGAACAACGUGCAGCAAUUUUAAAUUUAUGUAUUGAUUACAUAUAAAACUGUUGCAUGUGCAUAUCUCUAAUUUUACACAUUUUGUCUAAUGAAUGCAUCUCAAAGAUAUUGAAACUCAACGCCAGAUCGUGUCAAAUCAUAUAUAAGCCCAUAUAUAUUAAUCGUUAUAUACAUUGAAUGAAGUCAACUAUCUAUCUUGACAUAUUAUUAAGUAAUAAGAAGCCAGAUGAACAGCUUCGCGUUCAUCGCAUUUUUUUAUAUGAAUGUUCUACUUUGCAAGUUGCAUUGAAUCAAAAUAAAAUCGACGUUCGAUUGCUGAACGUUGUCAAAAACUGA